GUAAACUUCUGAUCAGAAAAAGCAGGACUACCGCUGUCCUUCUUAUCCACUGUCAGCUAGCCAACGAGCCGGUCAGCGACUACCUCAUUCGAACGAGUUCACGAGGUAUUAUUAACAAUUUCUGUUUCGAUGUUUUUGUUUGGUCUGAUGGUUAGUCGUAUUGUCUGCGGAGCAUUUGAUCCCUGCGAUAGUGUAAUCAAGACCAUGAAUGUUAAUGGACAACAUACCCAACGCAUGCGGUUAUACUCCAAUUCCGUUCAUGAUCGCAUGCACAGUUGGACCGCUCAUUUGCUUUCCCGACCAGCAGACAGAUUCCUGGCAUGUUUGGGCGAUCAGGGCUCCUGAGUCCUGAAAACCUACCCAUAUCUUCCGCCAUG